GUUUUGUUUUGAUAAGAUUGUUUUACUCACUGAUUCUGCCUUUGGACUAUUUAAAUUGAAUUGAAUUGAAUUGAAUUUGGAUAUGCAAGUUAGGUUUUCAGUUUUUAUAAGUUGAUAUCUAGGGUUUAGGCUUUCUAUAGAUGAAACUUGAUUUGGAGUUAAUCGAUUUUAUCUGCGAUGAUCAACUAGAUUAGCUGCUCGUUGCAAUUAUUCAUUUGGGGAAAGGAAAACGACUUUGAUUUUAUGUAUUCUUUGUUUUAUGAAUGACCGAGAUUGGAAACUGGAAACGAAGCUUGAACGUUUUCUUUUAUUUUAAUGGAAAUUUCGAAUGAUCUUUUCUUCUAAUUGAUUCAGUUAUUCGUUUUCUUACGGUGAUCAUCUGCUGUCAAUGUCAAAAUUGAUGAAUCUAGAAUACUCUGUUUGAUUUUGUUACCUGGUUUUACUUUACCAAUCAUAAGUCACUGCACUGGAUCUGGAUGCAGCUGUUCUAAUUAAGAUACCAGCAACUGAAUUAUGCAUUGCCAUUGCCUGGAAUUCUGCUCUGACCAGAUAACAAAUAAGAAUCUGAACAUAGGUUUUGGAGAUACACAUUGUGGACAACUAACACUAUCAGCAUGGGUGCAGAAAAAUCGCCAACUUGCUUGCACCCUAGCAAGAAGAAUCCUGGUAAAGUUCCUAAAAGAAUUCACAAGGCUGAAAGGGAGAAAAUGAAGCGUGAGCAUUUGAAUGAACUCUUUCUUGAAUUGGCUGGUGCACUUGAACUCACAGAGCAAAACAGUGGCAAGGCCUCUAUAUUGGGUGAAACUACUCGGGUUGUCAAGGAUAUGCUUGAUCAAAUCAAGUCCCUCAAAAAGGAGAAUGCAGCUUUAUUGUCCGAAUCACAAUAUGUGACAGUGGAAAGGAACGAGCUUCAAGACGAGACUUGUGCUCUACAGAAGCAGAUCAGUGAACUAAAGAGCGUGAUAAAAGAAAGAACCGUCCAAAAAAACCUCGAUCUGAAUGCACCCGCAAUGGAAUCUCAGGAACCACAAUUGCCGCAAUAUCUUCCCCACGAUAUCAUAAGGUUACCUCCUGGGAAUCCACUUCUAAAUUCCGUUGUUGUUAUUCCGGCUUGUCACAAUGUCCAAAUUCACACACGACCAGAUUCCGGUCUGAUUAUUGGGAACAAACCCGUGUCAAACGUUAGCAAACCAUACCCUCGGUAUCCCACUCCAUCGGAUUCUUGGCCAUUCCAACUUCUUGAGAAAGCGGGCGAGGACCCACAUAGAGAAGGAGCGUAACAUUUAAACCAAUCAAACGUAGUAUAUCCCACUCGGGUAUCCAAAGAGAAAAAGCGGAUUGUAAUAUGUAUAACAUUGUUCCAUCUUGUAAUAUUGCAAGGGAAAUUGUUGGGAAAGCAAUGGGCAAGUGGUGUGUAGUGUUAAUACUAUGUUUUUGCAAUAGAAGGUAAUAAGUGGUGGUGGUGUGUUUU